GAAGGUUGGCAGCUUCUGUAAUCACGCUUCUGUGAGGUCUGAUUGUGGGAUGACCUGAGGCUGGGGAUCACUGUGUAGUGGACCAGCCAUGUUGACGGAACGUCCGCACUAAGCUUGCCAUCAAUAUGGGUGCCGAGGAGGAGUCCACGGCAUUCAGGUUGGCUAAGGAGGGAUGAACCGGGCCAGGGGUGAAAACCAGCAGCCAAGAGUUCCCGUGGUAGGCAGUAGUGGGAUAGCGUACCGGAGUGGACUGCCAUUAUCAGCCUUGCCAAUUGUUGGACCGCAAUCUUUUUGUAACAGAAAAUUUCUAUUUUAAUUUCGGAUUAAUCAUUUAUUUUUAUUUAUACAAAGAAAUGAGAACAAAAAUAAGAAAUUUUGAUUUUACCACAAACAAACCACAAUAUAUUUUUAUAAAAUGUUUCCGACACAUAACUUCACAUCUACAAUGCGCUGUCGCGGAUUUCGUCAGUUAACAUUGCAAUUUCCUGAGAAACAGAACUAAGCGCACGGUUAAAUAAUAUGUUUAUAAUAAGAAGUGCCUUUUUGUUUAUACUGAGUAUUAUCCUGGCUGCAGAAGCAGAGGAUAAUCAGAAAUGUGAAUAUUUUGAUUCUGUCGAUCUCGAGAAUAGUCAGAAAUAUGAAAAUGGAUCUUAUUUAUACAGGGGUAUUUUAAUUCCAAGCGAAAAAGUUCAUCAAUACACAUAUCGUGAAACAGUUUUCCAGCAUAAUAAGACAGUCGAACCCUAUAUGAGAGGUUGUCUCUGUCAGAUCAAAUCGUGCGUGCUGCUGUGUUGUGAACCAGAAAAGUCAAUGAGAAAUUUUGUUGUCAAUAUGACUCUUGACAAUGGUACGGAGACGCAAGUAAACGUGAUAAAUGAAUUCGAAGUGCAAGUUAAAUACGAAAUGUCGUGCGAUUUAUUGGAGAAUCCAAAUUAUGAUGAACAGGCCCAACCCAACUGGAAACUUUUUCAAGAUGGAAAACUUAAAAAUCUGUCUGAUGAUAAUGUACUAGAAAAGAAUAAGUAUUGUCUCAUACCACAUAAAGUUUCAGAAGAAAAUUAUUAUCUAGUACCUACAACCAUUAAUCCGGAUAGCGAAAAUCAUACCAAAAUUAACGAAAUAAAUAUUAUAAGAGUAAUAACGGUUUUUUGCAUAGCUAUAAUCAUUGCUGCGUAUUGUUAUUCGCCCAAGUUAAAUGCAGGAAGUAACCGAUGUUAUAUAUAUUACUUUGUUUGCCUCGCUAAUAGCUAUAUACUGCUGUGGGUAGACUUGGAAGUAAGGGUCGGAGCCGCUACGAAAGACUGCUAUGUGUUAGGAUAUUCUGGAUAUUUUACCAUCAUGUCGACAUUCCUUUGGCUUCUGGUAAUUAAUUUUAAUUUGUGGAAUACAAUUACCCGAUAUAAGGUAAGUGUACACAUGCUGAGAUACAAUAUUUUCGUGUGGGGAACUGCUGCGAUUUUGACCGCGAUCACAGCAUAUAUGGAAAUGCAAGAGAUGUCCGACUCUGACAGGGAUAUAUGGCAGCCUGGUGUGACUAUCAACGGAUGCUGGAUCGAAACAAAAAAUUGGUCAGCUAUGAUUUAUUUGUAUGGUCCUAUAUUGCUUUCAAUCCUUAUCAACUCAACACUCGCCAUUGUAACCGCAAAGCAUUUGUAUGUGCACCAUAUGAAAACCAAUCAAGUCUGGAACAAUUCGGAGAGUAUAAAGAAUUUAAAGAAUAAAUCUGAUUUCAUCCACUUUUUCCGGAUAUUUCUCAUAUCAGGAGUGUUUUGGAUAAUGGAAAUAUUUGCAUAUUUAUUUAACAUAGAAUGGUUUGCCUUUAUUGUAGCUGGACAAGGAUUAAUACUGCCUUUCGUAACUAUCUGUAACAAAAAAGUUAUUCGUGACUUAAAUAAAAGGUUGAACCCAAAUAGAAAGAAAGAUUACGAACCGGUGACAACCAUGGAAACAUUAAUAGAACAUUAAUAGAAAUAAAAUAUUUACAUACAUAUAUUGUACAUCAUACGUGAGGUCAUUGUCCGAACUAAAACAACGACAAUAAAUUGUAUAUUCGAAAAGCAAGUUAUCCGAUAACGAUAGUUGUAGUCAUAAAAAAUAAAAUCAUAAUUAC